AUGCUGACAAACACGGAAAGAAAAUAAUACCCGAUCUAUACUGAUGGAGGAAAGGAGCUUGCACAAAGUGAUACACGGAAAAAAUUGUCCCGAUGUCCAUCUCCUCGAGGGUUACAUGCCUGUAUAAGUGUCCCAAGGUGUCUCCGAUUUGUGUCCACCUGGGAAAAUACACAGGUUCAUGAAGUGAAGAAACCUACCGCAACCAUGUCUCCUUUAUUUGACUCCCUCAGAGUUGGACGCAUGGCGCUUCAACAGCGUAUCGCCAUGGCUCCAAUGACUCGUCUGCGUGCUGAUGCCAAUCAUAUCCCCCUACCUAUCGUCAAGGAGUUCUACCAGCAACGUGCCGCCAUCCCAGGCACCUUACUAGUUACAGAAGGAACCGUGAUCAGUCCUCGACACGGUGGAUAUCCCAAUGUCCCUGGAAUCUACUCAGAUGCACACCUGGCUGCCUGGCAAGAAGUUACCAAGGCAGUUCACGAGAAAGGGUCCUACAUAUAUCUCCAACUGUGGGCUCUUGGUCGCGCAGCCAACCCAGGAUUUCUCCAACAACAAGGGCUUGACCUGGUCUCCAGCAGCGACGUGCCCAUGAAGAGCCCCUAUACCGACGAAAUGCACAACCCCAGACCCUUAACUGAGGGAGAGAUCCAGGAUGCUAUCGCCGAUUUCGCUGCUGCGGCUAAAAAUGCCAUUCGUGCUGGAUUUGACGGUGUGGAAAUUCACGGAGCGAAUGGAUAUCUCGUCGACCAAUUCAUCCAGGAUGUCUCGAAUAAACGUGUGGAUAAUUGGGGAGGAAGCAUUGAAAAGCGAUCCAAGUUCGCCGUUGAAGCAACCAGGGCCGUGGCAGACGCCAUCGGCCAUGAUCGCACAGCCAUUCGACUUAGCCCAUGGAGUCGCUACCAAGGCAUGCGUAUGGACGAUCCGACCUCCCAGUUUAUAGACGUUGUAAAGAAGUUGGCGGAGCUCAAGCUUGCUUAUUUGCACGCCUGUGAGUCCGAUGCAAAGGCCCAAGGCGAGGAUUUGCUUUGGCUGCUUGACGCCUACCGCAACGCGAGCCCAGUCAUUGUCGCUGGCAACUACAAUGGUGAAUCCGCCGCGCAGGCACUCGCAGGGGAGUAUAAAGAUCGUGACGUGGUUGUUGCCUUUGGACGUCCGUUUAUUUCGAAUCCAGACUUGGCUUUUCGGGUGAAGCAGGGAAUUCCCUUCGCGCCGCCUGACCCAUCAACCUUUUACGGUCAGACACCGGAGGGCUAUAUCGAUUACAAGUUUAGCAAAGAUUUUGAGGCGGCUGCGGUUCAGGCGUGAUUUGGAGUAUAGAUGGAUGGAGUCUUGGGUUUAGACUCUGUAUUUUUACUGGGGUGAACCAGACAUCGCCAAUGACGUUCCCUACUCAUUACUUAUAAUCUACCAACCUGCAGCCAUUAAACUGUAACAAUAUUUCUUACUCCUUUAUUCCACUUUAGAGUGCCUUUGAAGGGCUCAAAACCACCGUCACCCCCAUUCAAGUUUCAAAUUGCAUGUCAGCAUAGAGAAUCAAUUGUA